AUGGCUUACUCGGCCAAAUUUGUAAGAACGCACCUGGCUCGGAGGAAGGGCGUGUCUCCACCUCUUGUUCUUCCGAGCCGCUUGCAGAAAAAUGUCGUCCCUUUUAUUUGGGCUCAUCCGCAGCAUCACGUUUAUAUAUCCCAAUCCGUACAUCAGGGUGGUUCUUCAAUGUUUGAAUUGUGCGCGAUUGGGUAUAUAAACACCUCUCCAACUGAAAAUGUUCUUCCGAAACGCCACCAGGACGUAAGCCUAAACAAAAAAAAACCCAUGCCACAACGUUCCCCCACGCCUCCGAAUAUGCUUGCCCAGGCGUUGGUGACGCGGGGGAAAUGUAUUGAAAAGUCAAAAUCAAUUCUUCACCCGUCCUGCCUUCGAGAUGUUUCAUUGCCCCUUCGAUUGUGCAAAUUUUUUCUUCCGGUUCCACCCCCGAUGCCCAAUGCUUAA